CCGGCUCUCCAGGUCCUCCAGGCUCAGCCCGAACAUGUUGGACGGCCUGAAGAUGGAGGAGAACUUUCAAAGUGCGAUCGAGACUUCGGCCUCCUUCUCCUCUUUGCUGGGCAGAGCGGUGAGUCCCAAGUCUGUCUGCGAAGGCUGUCAGCGGGUCAUCUCGGACAGGUUUCUGUUGCGGCUCAACGACAGCUUCUGGCAUGAACAGUGCGUGCAGUGCGCCUCCUGCAAAGAACCCCUGGAGACCACCUGCUUCUACCGGGACAAGAAGCUUUACUGCAAGUACCACUACGAGAAACUAUUUGCUGUCAAAUGUGGAGGCUGCUUCGAAGCCAUUGCACCCAACGAGUUUGUCAUGCGUGCCCAGAAGAGCGUGUACCACCUGAGCUGCUUCUGCUGCUGUGUCUGCGAACGACAGCUGCAGAAGGGGGAUGAGUUUGUCCUGAAGGAAGGCCAGCUGCUCUGCAAAGGCGACUAUGAGAAGGAGCGGGAGUUGCUGAGCCUGGUGAGCCCAGCGGCCUCGGACUCAGGAAAAAGUGAUGAUGAAGAGAGUCUUUGCAAGUCAGCCCAUGGGGCAGGGAAAGGAACAUCAGAGGAUGGCAAGGACCACAAGCGACCCAAACGUCCCAGAACCAUCUUGACAACCCAGCAGAGGAGAGCAUUCAAGGCCUCAUUUGAAGUAUCCUCCAAGCCCUGCAGAAAGGUGAGAGAGACUCUGGCUGCGGAGACAGGCCUGAGCGUCCGUGUGGUUCAAGUGUGGUUCCAGAACCAGAGAGCCAAGAUGAAGAAGCUGGCCCGGCGGCAGCAGCAACAGCAGCAGGAUCAGCAGAACACUCAGAGGCUGAGUUCUGCCCAGACAAACGGUGGUGGGAGUGCAGGAAUGGAAGGGAUCAUGAACCCCUACACAGCCAUGCCUACCCCACAGCAGCUGUUAGCCAUUGAGCAGAGUGUCUACAACGCUGACCCAUUCCGACAGGGUCUCACUCCACCCCAGAUGCCUGGAGAUCAUAUGCACCCCUAUGGUGCUGAACCUCUAUUCCAUGACCUGGAUAGUGAUGACACUUCCCUCAGUAACCUGGGUGACUGCUUCCUAGCCACAACAGAAGCAGGGCCCCUGCAGUCCAGAGUGGGAAACCCCAUUGACCAUCUGUACUCCAUGCAGAAUUCCUACUUCACCUCUUGAGUCUUCUAGAAUUUUGUGGCUGGGCUCCCAUAUGGAACAACCAU